GGCUAAAAAUACAUUUGAAAAAAUAAAAUAUAGUAUCCAGUCCAGUCUCCAGUCCAGUCUCACUUUCCGGCCUGAGUUAUGCAGAUGCUCAAAAGUAAAUAACUAACCUCUGCAUUCUAAACUUUGCAGUUAACAGGGCCGCCUUCUAAAUUUGAAUACACUAUAAUAACAGACUGGAGUUAAAGAUGUGUGUAGCCAGAGAGAGACAGAGGGGAGAGAGAGAGAGAGAGAGAGAGAGAGAGAGAGAGAGAGAGAGAGAGAGAGAGAGAGAGAGAGAAAGAGAGAGAGAGAGAGAGAGAGAGAGAGAGAGAGAGAGAGAGAGAGAGAGAGAGAGAGAGAAUGAGUGUGUGUGUGAGAGAGAGGGAGUCUGGCUGAGGCGAAGAAGUCCUGCCCUCUCUCUCUGAAAGAUUUCCUGUUGCAGCUGAGCCCCGAACUGAGCUAAGGAAAACCUGGUGACUCAACCCACAGUGCAGCCAGUCAGUCAGUCAGAUUCCUCUGCUGUGAGUCGAAGCCUCGGAGUCGGCCGCGUAGAGGAGGGAGGGUACGGCACGGGACGCUGCCUGACUGUGAAGCGUAGGACUCUUUCUGCAACUCCCGUCCCACGUCUUUUGCAGCAGAAAGUUUUCCUCACAACAGAAGAAUCGUUGUUUUUGUUUUUUAACACAGGGGAAAACAAACCGCUUGUGAUACUUGUGGAAACGUGGUAACAGUCGUAUGGAGAGUUUUCGAAUUUCGUCGGUGAGGCUGGGCGCCUUCUACCUCAUCUGUGUGACCGUCUUGAGCCGGAGUGAAGUCGAUCUAAUGUUCCCCCCUCAGUUCUCACUGAAAGCGCUGUGCAAGUUCUGCGAUCUGCAGUCGACUAGCUGCGAUGGCACGGGGACGUGCAGAUCAAACUGCAGCAUCACCGCCAUAUGUCCCGAUCCCGAACAGGUGUGCGUGUCUAUCUGGAGGAGGAACGAGAACAACAACCACACGCUGGAGACGCUGUGCCACGACCCCGCCGAGCCGCUGUACGGCGUGCGGCUGGACGACUACAACAGCACCACCUGCGUCAUGAAGGAGCGCAAGGUGGAGGAGGGAGGCCUCCUGUCCAUCUGCUCCUGCACCGAGGAGGAGUGCAACGACAAGGUCCUCUUCACACAGCUCCCGGGUCCAACGGUGGAGUCUCCGGUCGCCGCGGUGAUCCUGCUGAGCCUGCUGCCGCUGCUGGUUCUGGCGGUGCUGGUGGUGGCGUCCUUCUACUGGUACCGCACCAUGCACCGGCGCCGCCGCAGCCAGAGCGAGUGGGAGGCCAAGCGCAAGCCGGGCAUGAAGCGCAAGAAGGGCCCGGGCCUGGACUGCAGCGACGCCUGCGCCAUCAUGAUGGAGGACGACCGCUCGGACAGCGACAGCAGCUCCACGCACGCCAACAGCCUCAACCACAACACCGAGCCGCUGCCCAUCGAGCUGGACCAGCUGGUGGGCAAGGGGCGCUUCGCAGAGGUCUACAAGGCCAAGCUGAAGCAGACCCAAUCGGAGCAGUUCGAGACGGUGGCUGUGAAGAUCUUCCCUGAAGAGGAGUACGCCUCCUGGAAGAAUGAGAAGGACAUCUUCUCAGACAUCGACCUCAAGCACGAGAACGUACUGCACUUCCUGACGGCUGAGGAACGCAAGGUGGAGAAGCAGUACUGGCUGAUCACGGCGUUCCACCCACGCGGCAACCUGCAGGACUACCUGACGCGCCACGUCAUCAGCUGGGAGGACCUGCGCGUGCUGGGCGGCUCGCUGGCGCACGGCGUGGCACACCUGCACAGCGACCAAAGCAUCUGCGGGCGGCCCAAGGUGCCCAUCAUCCACCGCGACCUCAAGAGCUCCAACAUCCUGGUCAAGAAUGACCUCACCUGCUGCCUCUGCGACUUUGGCCUGGGGCUCAGGCUGGACAACUCGUUGUCUGUGGAUGAUCUGGCCAACAGUGGGCAGGUGGGCACAGCCAGGUAUAUGGCUCCAGAGGUGCUGGAGUCCAGGAUAAACCUGGAGAACAUCGAGUCCUUCAAACAGGCAGACAUCUACUCCAUGGCCCUGGUGCUGUGGGAGAUAACUUCGAGAUGUAACGCCAUCGGAGAGGUGAAAGAGUACGAGCCUCCAUUCGGGUCCAAGGUUCGAGAGCACCCCUGUGUGGAGAGUAUGAAGGACAACGUCCUGAGGGACCGAGGACGACCAGAGAUCCCAGAGGGCUGGAUCAAACACCAGGGCAUGUCCAUCGUGUGUGCCACCAUUAACGAGUGCUGGGACCACGACCCCGAGGCGCGUCUGACGGCGCACUGCGUAGCGGAGCGCUUCGACGACAUAGAGGACGAGCUAGACAAGCUCUCCAGCCGCAGCAGCUCUGAGGAGAAGAUUCCGGAAUCCCUCUCCGUCAACGAAGGGAAAUGAGAAAAUAAUCCCCCCCGUCCCUCGGUUCGCGUGCCUUCCUUCAGGAACUCACGAAGUGCCUUUCUCUCACACAUAUCUGUCUGCUAUA